GUCUGACUUCAUUAGUAAAUUGAAGCUUAUGGGGGCUUCUAUUUAGAUCGACAUGAUGAUGAGAAAUUGUAGGCUGAAUAAGCUGUGUAUUGAAAAAAUAUACCACAGUAUCUGUCUUCUAAGCUUCUAACUUAAGGUAACUUUAUUUGAACGAUUUAGAAAAUAAACUACAAUCAAUGGAAUCCACUGCCAACAGCAGUAUUUCUGAACCAAUACAUUUUAAUUUUUAAGAAAAAGAUAUUACUUUUUAAAAGACUGGCAGUACAUCUGCAAUUACUCUGGUGUAACGGGUGCUCAUGGGCGGCGGUAGUCAUUCAUCCGCAGGUGAGCUGCGGGCUCGUCUUUGUAUUUAAUAAAAUACAAUAUUUUUUAAACGUUAAAAGAAAAUAUUUGCAAAACGAUGUAUAGAAAUCCAUUGUAUCUAGAUUGUACGUAAAACUGCUGUACACGGCGCUGGUAUAUUCAUUUUGAACUAUUCGACUCGUAGUGCAUAAAUAUGUUAUACUUAGUGUAUGGUUCGACUCAACUUUCUAGCCCAUACCGUAAUAUAAUGAACUUUUAACAGGUAUCGAACAAAUUCCAUACAUCGAAAGUUGUCAGUCCAAUAAAUAGGUUACAGGUAGGUUGUUCAAACUUUUGUUCAUUUUAAUUUUGUUUUAGUAACAUUACAAGUCAAUCACCACGUUGCCAUGGUUAUAUUAUUGAGUUCUUCAAUAGAAUAUGCAUUUGUGUAUUACAAAUUUGAAUGCAAUAUUUGAUGGAGUUUGUCGUUUACUUAACUUUAAUUAUGUUUUAGUUGCAAGUAUUAUUGUUAAUUUAGAAAAUGAAUGAAAGUGAGCUGAGGAAACUUUUACAAACAAAGAAUGGGUGUCGGGUUCCCGUCAUGCGACCUAUACCGGAUGUUCACAAGAUGGAUAAACUGCCCUUUAUACCGCUACCACCUUACAACAGAAUUAAGGACAAACAAGCAAAAUUUCGUAAAGUUCUUGAAGAGAGAGCAUGUCAGAGAAAGGUGGAAAUUGCUCGACCGCUACUGCAGCCCUGUGAACGUGACCGUCUUGAGAUUUCACAAUCACGCCAUAUAGCUGUUCUGCGUGAAUGUGCAGAAAAGAUACGGUCUCCCCCAAUGCUCAAAUCAUGGGAAAGGAAAAUAUGUAGUCUAAUACCUUUAAAGUUACGUCAGACAUUUCCUUCUAUGAUGGAAGAAUUAAUUGAAGAAAGUAAAAGUGAAUGGAAUCGCAACCUUCAUGACCUUGCUGUUAAAACUAUUAUUCGCGAAGUUCCUGGAGUACCUCGCAAACGUUACAAGGAACCCUAUUUCAAAUUUAGAGGUAUCACCGAACUCUAUGACAAAAUGGUUAAAUAUAGAAAUAAACUUCAGGAUGGAUCACUUUUUCUGCAUCCAUUCAUUCGGUUAGUUCUUGAAUCAUCAGAAAAGACGUUUCCUAACGCUAUAAUUGAUUUAGCAAAAUACCGAGCUAAAGGGCCCAUGGAUUUAGAAGAAUUUCAACUGAAUAUAAUGGAAGUAAUCAAACGUGCUGAUUAUUUAGUAUCGAGUACUUGGUAUUCGAUAUUGAUAAAUUGGUUAAAAAAUCCGAGAUGUCUUAAAGGUAUGCGACCAAAAAAAGUACCUGAAUUCGUAAAAUGCGCUACUAAAAUGAUAUCCAUGCAAAUACAAGAAUUAAUGCGUAGAUCUAUUGACGCUAUUAUAGAGUCACUAAAAGAUCCCGACUCAGUACCCAUUUUAAAUAUUGCUUUAGAUUUUAAUGGGGAGUUCAUAUAUGAUCCAUCUCUUGAAACUGUGUAUAGUGUAUAUCAUAGUAUUGCAGAUGCAAUCUGUCAUAUUUCUCAAAGACUAAUGCCCAUAGAGCAAUAUCUUAAAAUAUCAUACAGUUACGAUGCGUUACCUGUACAGUAUAAUGAAUGGUUACACAAAGACGGUCACGAAAGAUUGCGAAAACAGUUAGACAUAGUGUUCACCCCACUUAAUCAAUAUUUAGAACGAUUAAGGAAUGAAUAUAACAUGCUUUAUGGAGCUCCAGCAAAAGCCACUGUUAUAAAAUUUAUAGAACAAACUGAAGAAUUUAAUUUGGGCCGAGACAAAAUAAAGUAUUUUCAAUCCAUAGAUUCUCAUAUAACUGCAGUUUUAGAAAAUGAAUAUUUUAAUUGCGCUGUAGUUUGCCAGCUAAGAAUGGUUGAUGGCUUAAAAAGAAAAGUCCUAGAAUUCGUCAAUGAUAUAAUAGCGGGCAUAGUGAAGACACACAUGGAAGAAAAUUAUAGCAUUUGUUCUGAGUUUGAAAUAAUAGCAGCAAAAGCUUUAAAAGAGCCAGAAAAUGCAGCUGAGUUGAUAGAACAGGGUUUGUAUAUUUUACACGCUAAAACUGUUUUAGUCGAAGCUUUAAAAGAAAGAAUUUUAUCUCAAAUCAAUAUAAUUUCUAAUCUUUUAGAAAUGACCUCAUUAACUCCAGAACAUGUUGCAUGUAAUACUCGAACUGUAAAUUGGCUGACGGAUAUCAAACCCAUAUUUGAAAGAAAUGCUGCGGCUUAUGAAACAUUUAAAGCAGAAAUGGAAGAAAAUCUUCUAGCAAAGAUUGCAUAUCUCAAUAAAGAAGUUUUAGAAAUGACACCUUAUUUAGAACUUCUAGACAACAUGGAUGAUAUUGAUCAUACCCUUGAAUAUUUAGAAUAUUUGAGAAAACUUGUACAUCGUUUAGAUGGCUGUGAUAAGCUUGUAGCAUGGAUAAACAACGAAGAAGCAACUUUUAAAUUUCCAUUAACAAAUUACCCUGAUUUAGAAGAGUUAAAAGAUUUUAUUUUACCAUUUCAUAGUCUCGUUUAUUUAGUCCAUCGCUGGAAACGAAGUUACUACACAUGGAUGGAUGGACCAUUCGAAUACAUGGAUCAUGAUCAAAUUGAACAAGAUCAUGACUUUUACUAUAAAGAAUUUUUGAAAUUAUCGAAGAAUUAUAAAAACAAAAUUAAACAACAAAUAGCUGAAGGCAUCGAGAAACGAUUUCAGGGUCUUGUCGAUGAUCCCGAUGUUAAUAAUCUUCCCGCUCCUAUGAAACUUUGUGCCCAAGCUAUUGCCGAAAUAAAAAGUUGGAGGCCAAAUGUUCAAAUGGCUCACAUAAUGUGUAAUCCAGCAUUAGUGCAACGUCAUUGGGAUGAAAUGUCAACCAUUGCAGGUUUCGAUCUUACUCCUACAGCAGGUACUACAUUACGUAAAAUUAUAAAUUUCAACCUGUGGGAUGACAUUGAUCAAUAUGAAAUUAUAAGCGUGGCUGCAACUAAAGAAUUAGCAUUGAUAACUAAUUUAAAUAAAAUGAUAACCGAAUGGACAGAUAUAUGUUUUAAAACCAGCCUUUAUAAAGACACUGGAAUUUUUAUAUUAUCGGGUCUCGACGAUAUUCAAAGUGUUCUGGAUGAGCAUAUUGUUAAAACAGUUGGUAUGCGUGGUUCUGCAUUUGUCAAGCCCUUUGAAGCUCAAGUAAGAGCAUGGUAUGACAAAAUUAUGAGAAUCAACUCCACUAUUGACGAAUGGGGCAAAGUUCAAAGUCAGUGGUUGUAUUUGUUACCUAUAUUUUCUUCCAAAGAUAUAGUUGCUCAGAUGCCAGAAGAGGGAGUGAUGUUUAUGGAAGUCAAUAAUAUUUACCGUCGGUAUAUGGGUUCAGUUGAUAAAGACCCUCAUGUUCUAGAAAUUGCAGGUGGAACUGGAGUAUUGGAGUCAUUUAAAACUGCUUCCGCAUUUUUAGAAAAGAUCAAUGAUGGUGUUAAUAAUUAUUUAGAAAAAAAGCGAUUAUAUUUUCCUAGAUUUUUCUUUUUGUCAAAUGACGAAAUGUUGGAAAUUUUAUCUGAAACAAAAAAUCCUCUAAAAGUGCAACCACAUCUAAAAAAAUGUUUUGAGGGUAUUAAUAGGUUAGUUUUCGAUGAAGAAUUUAAUAUAUCAGCCAUGAUAUCUAUGGAAGGUGAACAAGUAGAAUUCUUAGAUAUUAUAAAUGUAGCCGCUGCUCGUGGUUCUGUAGAAAAAUGGCUAGUUCAAGUAGAAGAACAAAUGCUUGCUGCAGUUAAAUCAGAAACUGAAUUGUCCUAUUAUGAUUAUCCAAAUAUGGGGCGCGUAGAAUGGAUACUUUCUUGGGAAGGCAUGGUGGUGUUAGGGGUAUCUCAAAUUUAUUGGGCUGUGGAUGUUCAUGAAGCAUUAAGUACUCAUAAGCUAAGUGAACUUCAAGCGUUUCAUGUGCACUUGACUAAACAACUUAAUGAAACAGUUGCUGUUAUUAGACGUACAGAUUUAACUAAACUUAACAGUAUUACUGUCAAGGCUCUUAUUGUUAUUGAUGUACAUGCGAAAGAUGUAAUAUUUGAACUAGUAGGAAAAAAUGUAACUGAAGUUACUGAUUUUCAAUGGCUAGCACAAUUACGGUAUUAUUGGGAAGAAGAAAGAGUAUUUGUAAAAAUUAUUAAUGCUACUGUUAAUUAUGCUUAUGAAUAUUUAGGUAAUUCAGAUCGGUUAGUAAUAACACCUUUAACAGAUCGUUGUUAUCGUACUCUAAUUGGUGCAUAUUAUCUACAUUUAAAUGGCGCUCCUGAAGGCCCAGCUGGUACCGGUAAAACUGAAACAACAAAAGAUUUAGCCAAAGCUCUAGCUGUACAAUGUGUCGUGUUUAAUUGUUCCGAUGGGUUAGAUUAUAAAGCAAUGGGUAAAUUUUUUAAAGGCUUAGCUUCUUGUGGUGCUUGGGUUUGUUUUGACGAAUUCAAUAGAAUCGAAGUCGAAGUUUUAUCCGUCAUAGCACAACAAAUUUUAUGCAUUGUACAAGCAGUAAGACAACAUUUAGAAACAUUUGAUUUUGAAGGUACUAUUUUAACUUUGAAUCCAGCUUGUUAUGUUUGUAUUACAAUGAACCCAGGUUAUGCAGGACGUUCAGAAUUACCGGAUAAUCUCAAAGUAUUGUUUCGUACUGUUGCAAUGAUGGUUCCGGAUUAUGCCAUGAUUGGCGAAAUUUCAUUGUACUCGUUUGGAUUCAUUGAUGCUCGAAAUUUGUCCAUUAAAAUAGUGACUACAUAUCGUCUUUGUUCCGAACAGUUAUCAUCGCAAAAUCACUAUGACUAUGGUAUGCGUGCGGUUAAAACAGUUCUAUCUGCUGCGGGUAAUUUAAAAAGAAGCUUUCCAAAUGAAAGUGAAAGUAUAUUAUUACUUAGAUCAAUUACUGACGUUAAUUUGCCCAAAUUUCAGUCUUUUGAUGUGCCUUUAUUUAAAGGUAUUAUAUCUGAUUUAUUUCCUGGAAUUACAUUGCCAAAGCCAGAUUAUUUAAACUUUUUAAAUGCUUGUCAUGAUUGUUGUAAAAAAAAUAAUUUGCAACUAAUGGAAUGCUUUUUAAUUAAAAUUAUUCAAACAUAUGAAAUGAUGAUUGUUAGACAUGGGUUUAUGUUAGUCGGUGAUCCAUUUGCUGGUAAAUCGGUAACUUUAAAAAUUUUGUCUGAAGCAUUGACUUUAAUGGAAGAAAGAAAACAACCUGAUGGAUGUGCAUGCACUUAUAAAGUUUUAAAUCCAAAAGCUGUUACGAUGGGUCAGCUCUAUGGCGCUUUUGACCCUAUUUCUUAUGAAUGGACAGAUGGGAUUGUAGCUACUAUGUUUAGAGAUUUCGCGUCUGAAGAUACUCCUGUUAAAAAAUGGAUAGUUUUUGAUGGCCCUGUGGAUGCUGUGUGGAUUGAAAAUAUGAAUACCGUCUUAGAUGAUAAUAAAAAGCUUUGUCUCACAUCGGGAGAGGUUAUGGCUAUGUCAAAUGUUAUGUCAAUGAUUUUUGAAGUAAUGGAUCUAUCUCAAGCAUCUCCAGCCACAGUAUCAAGAUGCGGUAUGAUAUACAUGGAGUCAUCCUCACUUGGCUUUAUGCCGUUUUAUAAAUCAUGGAUUAAUACUCUCAACCCAAUAUGGCUAGAAGAAAAUGAAGAAUUUAUUUUUAACAUGUGUGAAUGGUUAUUUGAUCCAUUAGUGUACUACAUUAGAAAAUAUUGUAGUCAGCUAGUGACUGGUGGAGAAGUAAACUUAAUUAUUAGCUCUCUUCGUCUUAUUGAAAUGUUAAUGGAUAAUGCAAUAGAAGGAGAAGAAGAUACGAAAUACACGAGGACGUGGUUUUUAGCAUCUUUUAUGACUGCGAUGGUGUGGGGAGUUGGAGGAAUACUAACUAGUGAAUCCCGUGAAAAAUUUGAUGAUUUAGUUAAAGAAUAUUUCAAAGGAGAAAAAGGUAUUCCUGAUAACCUAGACCGCUUGGAUAUAUCAAUACCUUCUGAAGGCAUGUUAAUUGAUCAUUAUUAUAUGUACAAAGGAAAAGGAUGUUGGAAACCAUGGUCUGAAGCUGUAAAGUCUGUUCAAGUAAAAGAACAAAUCAAUCUCCUACAAACUGUAAUACCUACUUUAGAAACUGAAAAAUACAUAUUCCUUUUGAAACUACAUACAAAAUUUUCCAAACCCCUGUUACUGAUCGGACCCACUGGAACAGGCAAAAGCUUUUAUGUUCAAAAUUUUUUAAUGAAUAGUCUUGAUAUGGAUAAGUAUACUCCUGGUUUCAUUACAUUUACGACUACUACUUCUGCUAAUCAAACACAGGAUUUAGUUAUUUCAAAACUCAUUAAAAGGAGAAAAAAUAAUUACGGCCCCACUAAAGGUAAACAAGCCAUAAUUUUUAUUGAUGAUAUGAAUAUGCCGGUUAAGGAAGUGUAUGGUGCACAACCAGCAAUAGAAUUAUUACGGUUGUAUUUUGAUCAUAAAUAUUGGUAUGACCUUAAAACAACAGAAAAAUUGUAUAUAUACGAUACAUUUUUUUAUGGUGCCAUAGGCCCUGUUGCUGGAAGUCGUCAGUUGAUAUAUCCACGAAUGUUACGGCAUUAUAAUAUUUAUUCUAUAAAUGAAUUUUCAAAAGAAUGUAUGUCUAAAAUAUUUACAUCUUUAUUACAACUUGGUUGGAGAAGAAAUGGAUUUGGUCAGGAUACACAACCUAUAAUAGUUAACAUAAUCAGUGCCACAAUAGAAAUAUAUGAUCAAGCAACAGAAACUUUAAGACCAACGCCUGCUAAAUCACAUUACAUAUUCAAUUUAAGGGAUUUUUCAAGAGUUAUACAAGGUUGCGCUUUAUUGAGAAAAGAAUCAGCUGAUAACAAAAAAACUUUUACAAGAGUUUGGGUUCAUGAAAUUAUGCGAGUAUUUUAUGACAGGUUAGUUGAUGAGGAGGAUCGUAGCUGGUUUUUUGGAAUACUCAAAAAGUCUACACGUGAUUUCAUGAAAGAAACAUUUGAAUCAGCUUUAGAUACUUAUCAAGAGGAUAAUGGAGAAGUUACACAAGAUAGUAUAAAAAGAAUGAUGUUUGGUUGUUACUUAGAUACUGAGAGUUUAGAAGGAGAACGACGUUAUGAGGAAUUGCCUUCUAAAGAAUUAUUUUUGAACGUAGCCAUAUCAAUGUUAACUGAAUACAACUCCAUGCACAAAGCAAAAAUGACAAUAGUUUUAUUUGACUAUGCUUUAGAGCAUUUAUCUAAAAUAUGUCGUUUACUAUCCAUGCCCUCUGGAAAUGCUUUAUUAGUUGGAGUUGGUGGUUCUGGGCGUCAAUCGCUUACACGAUUAGCCAGUACCAUUUUAGGACAGCAAGUUUUUCAGCCUGAAAUCACAAAAUCCUAUAGUGUUAAAGAUUGGCAUGAUGACAUAAAAUUAGUUCUUCGUGAAUCUGGCGGUUUAAAUAAAGACACUACUUUUUUGUUUACUGAAAGUCAAAUUAAGGAAGAAGUAUUUAUUCAAAAUUUAGACAGUCUCUUAAAUUCUGGAGAGGUACCUAAUUUAUACGGUCUAGACGAGAAGCAAGAAAUUUUAGAAUUGGUUCGAUUAGCUGCGCAAGGAGGAAAUAGAAAUUUAGAUAUAAGCCCGCUUCAAAUUUUGUCCUUUUUCGUAGGUCGCUGUAAAGCUAAGUUACAUAUUGUAUUAUGUUUUAGUCCUAUUGGGAGCUCCUUUAGAACAAGAUUAAGGCUUUAUCCAUCCUUGGUUAAUUGUUGUACAAUUGAUUGGUACGAUAGUUGGCCUGAAGAUGCUUUAGAAAUGGUAGCCCAUCAUUACAUGGUGAACGUGAAUGUACCGGACAUAGUAAAAUUAUCCGCUGUUAUAGCUUGUAAACAGUUUCAUGUGGAUGCACGUAUUAUUUCUGCUGACUUUUAUAGUAAACUUGGAAGAAAAACAUACAUUACAUCAGCUUCAUAUCUUGAUUUAAUAAAAUCAUUUACUACUUUGACAAAUAGAAGACAAAGAGAAUUAAGAGCUGCAAAAUUACGAUAUACAAAUGGCUUAGAUAAAUUAGGGCAAGCAGCAGAAGUGGUGUCAAUUAUGCAGCGUGAUCUUAAUGCGUUAAAACCACAGCUGAUUAUUAUGGCAGCUAAAUCAGCAAAAAUGAUGGAAGAAAUAGAAGUGGAAACAGCUACAGCAGAUAAAGCUGCUGCGCAAGUAAGGGAAGACCAAAAAGUUGCAAAUGUACAAGCAGCUGCAGCUCAAGAAUUAAAAAAAGAUUGUGAGGCCGAUUUAGCGCUAGCUCUACCUAUUUUAGAAGAUGCAAUAGCAGCAUUAAAUACAUUAAAACCUAGUGAUAUAACUAUUGUAAAAUCAAUGAAAAACCCACCAGCUACUGUUAAAUUAGUUAUGGCUGCUGUAUGUGUUAUGAAAGGAAUCCCUCCUGAUAAGAUUCCAGAUCCAGACAAUCCAGGAAAAAAGAUAUUCGAUUUUUGGGGGCCAAGUAAAAGAAUUUUAGGUGAUAUGGGGUUCUUGGAUUCCUUACGAAAUUUUGACAAAGACAACAUACCUGUAGCCACAAUGCAAAAGAUUAGAAAAGAAUAUUUAUCAAACAAAGAUUUUAAACCUCAUAUAAUUGCUAAAGCAUCUGCAGCAGCUGAAGGUUUGUGUAAAUGGAUAAUAGCUAUGGACAUGUAUGAUGCUGUUGCUAAAGUCGUAGCGCCAAAAAAGGCCAAAUUAGAGGCUGCGGAAAAGGAAUUUGCUGAAACUAUGGCAAUAUUAGAAGAAAAAAAAGCAACUGUAGCACGUUUAGAAGCUAGAUUAGCUGAAUUAAAUGAAGCAUUAGAAGAAGCUAAUAUUAAAAAGAAAGCUUUAGAAGAUGAAGUACAGUUAUGUAUAGAUAAAUUAUAUAGAGCGGAAAAACUGAUUGGUGGUUUAGGCAGUGAAAAAGUUCGUUGGACUGCAGCUGCUGAAAAUUUGCAAUUACUAUAUGAUAAUUUGGCUGGAGAUAUAUUAGUUUCUUGUGGUAUAAUUGCAUAUUUAGCUCCUUAUACAUUACCAGUGAGGAUGGAAAUGAUUGAUAAAUGGCGUGCACUCGUUAUUAAAUUAGAUAUGCCACAUUCUGAAGUAUUUUUGUUUAAAGAUAUUUUGGGGUCUGAUAUUAAAAUUCAGAAUUGGUGUAUAGCAGGAUUACCGCGUGAUUCUUUUUCAAUUGAUAACGGAAUAAUUCUAGAUAAUUCGAUGCGAUGGUCAUUAUUGGUUGAUCCACAAGGACAAGCUAAUAAAUGGAUUAAAACUAUGGAAAAAUCAAAUGAUUUACAAGUACUUAAAUUUACUGAUGAAAAUUAUAUGAAAGUAAUAGAAACAUGUUUGGAGUAUGGUAAACCCGCUUUGAUAGAUUGUAUCUUAGAAGAUGUUGAAGCUCCUUUAGACCCAGUUUUGCUUAAACACACUUAUGUUCAAGGGAGUAAAGAAUUUAUAGCUUUGGGUGAAAAUGUCAUAGAAUAUCACCCCAAUUUUAGACUUUAUAUGACCACAAAGUUGAGAAAUCCUCAUUAUUUACCAGAGGUAUUCAAUAAAGUAACCCUCAUAAACUUUGCAUUAACUAAAGAUGGAUUAGAAGAUCAAUUACUAGGCAUAGUUGUAGCUAAAGAAAGACCAGAUUUACAAGAGAAAAGAGAAAAAUUGAUUAUUCAAGGAGCUGCUAAUCGUGCAGCACUUAAGCAAGUUGAGGAUGAUAUUUUACGUACUUUACAGGAAUCCAAGGGUGAUAUUCUAGAGGACGAAACCGCAAUAGAAAUUCUAGACUCUUCUAAAUUACUUGCUAUAGAUAUAAUGAAAAAGCAAGAAGCAAGCUUAGAAACAGAAGUCAUAAUAGAGAAAUUUAGACUCGGUUAUAGGCCAAUUGCUUCUCAUUCUGCAGUGCUCUAUUAUUGUGUCACUGAAUUGCCGAAUGUAGAUCCCAUGUAUCAAUAUUCAUUGACUUGGUUUAUUAAUUUAUAUAUCACAUCAAUCGAAAAUGCUAAUAAAUCCAAAGAUUUAGAUAAAAGAUUAAAAUUUUUAAAAGAAACCUUUACAUAUAAUUUGUAUAGUAAUGUUUGUCGAUCACUUUUUGACAAAGAUAAAUUGAUGUUUUCUUUUAUCAUGUGUUCGAAAAUGAUGCUGUCUACAGAUAAAAUGAAUCGUGAUGAAUAUUUAUUUCUUAUAACAGGUGGUAUAGCUGUAGAAAAUCUUUUGAAGAAGCCAGUCGAAUGGUUAUCAGAUAAAAGCUGGGAUGAAAUAUGUAGGAUAAGUGACCUACCUGCUUUUACAGGAUUUAAAGACCAAUUUAUAAGAGACGUUAUUAAAUGGAAGGAAGUAUAUGACGAUUUAGAACCUCACAAUAAAGCAUUACCUGGUGGAUGGGAUGACAAAUUAACUGUCUUUCAAAAAUUAUUGGUUAUUAGAGUUUUGAGACCUGACAAACUAACUACUGCAUUGUCCGACUUUGUAGAAAAGCAAAUGGGCAAAAAAUAUAUUACACCUCCUCUAUUUGAUAUUAGUAAAUCAUUUGGGGACUCAAAUUGUCUUGCACCAUUAAUAUUUAUCUUAUCGCCUGGUUCAGAUCCAAUGGGAGCUCUGAUUAAAUAUUGCGAAAGAAUGGGUUAUUUACAUAGAUUCAAUUCGAUAUCGUUGGGUCAAGGACAAGGGCCUAUAGCUAGGUCAAUGAUAGAAAGAGCACAAUUAGAAGGUGGAUGGGUAUGCCUACAAAAUUGUCACUUAGCUGUCUCUUGGCUUUCUGUCCUCGAAAAAAUUGUUGAAGGAUUUAAUUUAACAAAUACUGACCUUAGUUUCAGAUUAUGGUUAACUAGUUACCCAUCUGAUAAAUUUCCACAAUCUAUAUUACAAGUUGGAGUAAAAAUGACAAAUGAGCCCCCUACGGGCCUUCGACAUAAUUUGAAUCGGUCAUAUAUAUCCGAACCAUUAAAGGAACCUGAGUUUUAUGAAGGAUGCCCUGAUAAAGACAAGCCUUUUAGCAAAUUGCUAUAUGGCAUAAGUUACUUUCAUGCCGUAGUGCAAGAAAGAAAAAAAUUCGGUCCACUAGGAUGGAAUAUACAAUAUGGUUUCAAUGACUCUGAUUUUCAAAUAUCAGUUAUGCAGUUACAAAUGUUUUUAAAUCAGUAUGAAGAAAUUCAAUAUGUGGCUAUAAAAUAUUUAACAGGUGAAUGUAAUUACGGUGGUCGCGUCACUGACGAUUGGGAUCGGCGGUUAAUAGUCACAAUACUUGACAAUUAUGUAAAUACAGAUGUUGUUAAUGACCCAAAUUAUUUAUUCUGUGAAUUAGGUUCACAGUAUGGAUUACCAAGGCGAUGCGAGUAUCAAGACUAUCUCAAACAUAUUGAAUCUGUACCUGUUAAUCCACCACCUGAAGUAUUUGGGUUACAUAUGAAUGCUGGAAUAACUCGUGAUUAUUCCAUUUCUAUGGCACUUACUGCUGCUUUGGUUCUCGUAGAAGGAACUGGAUCUGGUGAUGAAGGUGGAAAUACAGAAAUCAUUCUCGUUCAAAUGGCAUCAGAGAUUUUGUCGAAAUUACCUCCAAAGUUUGAUGUUGAAAUUGCUCAAAGAAAAUAUCCGGUCGAUUAUAAUGAAUCAAUGAAUACUGUGCUGGUUCAAGAAAUGGAAAGAUUUAACAAAUUAUUGAAUGAAAUUAAAAAUUCACUGAUGGAUCUUCAAAAAGCAGUAAAAGGGCUUAUCGUUAUGUCACCUGCAUUAGAUUUACAGUCAAAUGCAAUGCUCUUAGGCAAGAUACCGGAAAACUGGCGUAAAAAUUCUUAUCCUAGUUUAAAACCGUUGCCAAGCUAUGUAACAGAUUUUGUUGAACGAUUGGCUAUGUUGGAAGACUGGUAUCAAAAUGGCAAACCACCAACAUUUUGGCUAUCUGGUUUCUUUUUCACCCAAGCGUUUCUUACAGGUUCAGUUCAAAACUUUGCUAGAUCUAAAAAAAUCCCCAUAGAUUUACUCACAUUUGAUUUCGAAGUACGUAAAGUUGAUUAUGAAAUAACUCCUCCAAAAUGGGGUGUGUAUGUCCACGGUUUAUUUAUGGAUGGAGGACGUUGGGAUAGAGAAACAUAUGCCAUCGGAGAACAAUAUCCAAAAAUAUUAAAUGAUAGCAUGCCAGCACUUUGGCUGUAUCCAAAGUUGAAGAAAGAAUUUCAAGAGGGUACGCGAUAUAAAUGUCCUUUAUAUAAAACAUUAGAGAGAAAAGGUGUACUUGCGACAACAGGACACUCGUCCAACUUUGUGUUGGCCUUUUUCUUGCCUUCUGAUAAACCUUCUGCACACUGGAUAAAAAGAAGUGUAGCGUUAUUACUUCAGCUAGAUAGUUAAUUUUUAAUAAAAAUUAUAAUCCCUACUAGACCUAUAUUUGAAUAUUCUUAUAUUAACUUUAUAUAUCUUAAAGAAUAUAGUUAUGUGUGGUUAAUAUACAGGUGUUACAUAUAGUAGAUAGUAAUAUUUAUUUUGAUUCCGUGAUUCAAUUUAUAAGACAACCUGUCAUUAGGUACAUUAUAUCGAUAACGGAGCUAUGGUUAUUACCUAUCAUUCUAGAUUUAUUCGGACAUAUCUGGACUUUUAAUCUUUAAUCUUUUUUCAGUUACACCACUUUUUUAAUAGAGGAAAUCGCAUUGAGAUCAUUUAUCAGUGAAGCUCUUAACAUUCACUUACUAUGAUUUUUGACAAGUCUCUACUUGUUACGACAUAAAACCAAUUUAUAUGUAUAUAUAAAUCCUUCUGAUGUACCUAAGUGAAAAAUAUCUAACACUUCUCCUCUUUCCAUACUUAUCUUACCUUCUGUUGCAAUGUUUAUUACUUUGUUGUACUUGUGUGUUACUGGGUCGUCUUUAUUAAUAAAUUUAUCGGACGCUUUCAAUAUGACA